AUGCUACUACAACCGACUCUCUCAGAAUGCCAUCGCGUGCGGAACAGCAGCGUCCUGCGUUGUCGCGGGGGCAAAGGUGCCGCUUCAACCCUGUUUAGGUCUUCGAUAAUAAUGCAUGGAGGUAUAAUAGCCGCCGAAGACAAUGACGGUGACGGUGACGAUGAUGCGCUUUUCGACAACAACAUGUACAUGCUUGACCUAAUCAGCCGUAAGUGGAGAGUGUUGGACCAGAUAGACACUGCAACAGCCGCGCCUCGGUCAAGGUGCCGCCAUUCAAUUGUCGGAUGCGGGUCGUCUUUCUUUUUCUUCGGCGGAAUAACAAAACACCAAACAACAAACGAAAAUAUAAUCACUAACGAACUAUGGGAGUUACAGUUUUCUGCUACCAACAAAGUCUCUUGGAAAAAACACAAUGUACCAUCUUUUGUUGAGAAAAAAUUUGAUUGUAAAAUAAUAGCAUUGAAUGACAGCGAAGAAGCUUUUGAUUCAAAACUUCUAAUCGUAGGAGGUAAACUUCACCGACACGCCAACACCCACAACAGUAGCAACAAAAUAGAUAUCUUCAAUGUAACCAGAAAAAAAUGGGAAAAACCGAUUUUACUCGCAACAAUAGAUGCGCGCUUUGCCUCGGCAGGCGGUUUGUUUGUUAACACCGAAAAUUCAGUCAUAUUCGAAAAUAUGCUGUGUUUCUACGAUUGUGAGAGUUCAAGUAUUUUUAAAAUAAGAUUAGAUCAUUGCAGUAAAACAGAAGCACAAGUGUCAGAACAAUUGGUCGAGACAGUGAAUUUACCUAUCCAUCUUGCAGGUAAUACUUCUGGCACAAUAUACAAAAAUAGUUUUUUAUUAGCAGGGCAUGAUAAAAUAACAAAUGGUUUUAUUUGUCUUGCACUGGAUUUGGUCACAAAUCGUCUACUGCAGAUUAAUACACACUGCCCUUGUAAUUUGAACGAUCAUGAUUAUCUAAAAAUUUUUAUGUGGACGUCGCAUUUUCAAAUCGUUUGCCUCGGACGUGGUAAAAGUGACGUUGAAAAAACUCGUCAUCGUGACGACAUAAAUAAGAAUAAUGACGCGAAACAAAACACUAAGAAAAAUCUAAAUGUACUCUUGACGUUGACUUUACCGUUUUUACAGAGAAGUAUGCUGUACAGAAAGACAAUCAAACCUGUAAAUAAUACAAUUGUUAAAGAAAACUUGAUGGAUGAUAAUAAAACCAUCAAUGAGAAUGAUGAUGAAACAACUACUAAUAACACAUAUCAAGAAGGCGAAGAAAUAAACAAAUAUUUCGAUUUAAACAUCAAUAGGAAACAAAUUCCAGAUAAAAAAGAACAUAUUGCGUCAACCAUUCCAGCAUCUCAAUUCGCAAAAUAUGUUCAGUAUAUUGAAUCUCCAGCUUCUAUAGAACUAAACGAACCCGCAUUAAAUGAAAAUAAUGAUUCUUUUAAUCAAUGGUUUCAUCCUCGUCAAAAAUCCCGAGCAAAUACAAUUACAAAAUCAAGGAGUAGCGAUGUCGAAAUGAAUGUAAAUACAAUUUACAAUACUACUCCGGUCAAAAAUAAUUCAGUUUUCCCUGUUUAUGCAAUGGUACUAGGAAAAGAUAUGUUUGACGUCUUUGGAAGAUCACUAGCAGAUUUCGAAUUAAUUUCAAAAGAUGGUGACACUAUUUUAGCACCAACAGAAUUAUUAAGGAAAAGAUGGGGCAGAUAUUUCGAUUUUUUACUGACAACAGGAAUUUCUGGUGUUACAAAGCAAUAUCAAAAGUUUAACUCUAAUGAUAAUGAGGGAAUGAUUCAUUCUUCAAAUUCAAAUGCCGUGACUAUAACCUCUCUUGAUAAAAAUAAUCCAAUAGCUAACAGAGCUGCAGAAGAAAAUUUUGAAUCAAACCCAGUUGAUAUUACUAACAGUUGUAAGUCUGAUGGAAGUAUGAAGCUUAAAUCCAAUUAUUCCAUUCAGUCUCUUUCAAAUAAACUAGAGUCCAAUAUAGAGGAACCUGUAAAUAUUGAAACAAUGGAAACUAACGGGAUGGUAUUCAGAGUACCAUUUCAAGAUAAUAUAACAAAGAAAGAUCCUCCUUUAAAGAGUUCAGAAGGUAUGUUUCUGACGGGAGCUUUUUCAUUAAGCUCCCCAAGCCGUUAUAAAGGAAAAGUGGAAAACAAUUAUAUUAAUGGUCAUGUAUUUUCCGAUGACAACGGUAAAAUGAAGUCAAGAUCAGCUUCUUCCUUAUCUAACCAUAGUAAUUUAUCUCCUGAAGUUAAGUCAUUAGGAAGACCAAGUAAUAGCCAGAAUACUUCCAAUUUCAUGAGGACCCCUGGUUUUAGUUAUGCUGGCCAGAAUAACGACGAGUGCAAUCUAGUAGAUUCAUUAACUGUAAAACUACCUGACGCUUCCGAACCACCAACUAUUCCAUUGGUGCCAGUUCCAACAGUACCACCACGGGCCUCUAUUCAAUCUAGCCUACCAAAGUUAAAUAGUGACGCCGGACCUCUAACUUUUUGUGACUGGUUUAAACAAGGCUCAAUAUCUUCAAAUCAUUCGAUUAAUGGAUUAAAAGAAAUUGUAGCGGACUAUUCUCCAAGAGGAUCGCGAUGUAUCUCUUCAGGUCAAUUUGGUCUCGCUGAUCACUCUGAUACAAUGAGUUCAUCAACAGGCAAUAAUUCUUCUCGCAGGAACACUUUUUCCUCAAGAACAAACCUCAUGGAUAGAAGGAGUUCCAUUAGAACCAACCAGUCCAGAUCUAUAGGGUCUGCCUCGUCUAUUGUGAGCUCCGGUGCUUCCGCAAGCUCCGAAAGUAGCUUAGGUGAUGCUACAGAUUAUACCUUAGAUCUAGAUCCACUUUUCACUCCACGAGGGUUAUAUCUGCCUUGGUCUACUGCUACAGUUGAAUCAUUUACAGAAUUUUUUUUCACAGGAAGGGUUAAUGCUAAUUGUCCUGUACGUACAGUUAUUUUAGACUUACUUGUGGUUUCGAAACUCUACGAGGUUCCAUUAUUAUAUUCUUUAACUGUGGAAGCACUAUUUACUAUUUUAAUAGAGAAGAAGGCAAAUUUGAAAUGGCAAUGCCAUCUUUAUAAAUCUACAUUUGAAAACGUAGUUAACAAAUAUUGUGAAAGAGAUGUCGAAAGAUCUAGUAAUGUCUUAAGAAAUAACAAGUUAUACCAGAGUAUCUUAAAAAUAUUGGAGUCAGCUGAAGAAUUAGAUGAUGGGUUUUACAGCAAUGAAAUCAGCAGAAGGUUAUCAUCAAUUGUGUCCCAAAACAACAAUCACAAAGAAGAAUUGGAGUCGUCUGUAAAUUCUCAAUCAAGCGUACAAAAUCCAACAAGCUCAAAUGAUCAAAAUGAUCUGGAAGAGAGAUCAAGUUUGAAAACAGCUAGCAAUUUAUCGUCAAGAAGAACAUCAUCAUGUAACAGAGAACCAUUCGAUACUGCAAGUGAAUCAAAUGUAAAUAAUGUGGAAAAUGCUGACAUUUCUGAUCAGCAGAGUCACGACCCAAUUUUAUCCGAGAGUAAAGCAAAUGACGAUGUAGACCAGUUAACGAAAUAUUUGAAGCGAGUCCCAGAUGCAUCAAUUAGUGAUAAAGAAACUCAGAAGCUGAAUGAACAGUUAUUUUCAUUGAGUUCCGAGUUUUCUCAAAUAGACUUCGAAGAUUUAGAUGAUACUGAUUCUUUUCUCUCUGAUUUGGAAUUAGAUAUACAAAACCAGCCCGAUAUAAAAAUAGAUGACUUGCUUGAUGAUGAUCAAGAGUCAGAAAUAGUAAGUCAGCAGAAUAAGUUGACUGAUUUAGAUGAAUUAGACCCCCUUCUGCAAGUGAAAACAACGCACUCUGAAGUAAAUUUAGAAACCAUUCAUAACGAUAAUGCUAAACCGUCAAUGGAAUCCAAAUACAUAAAAAAACAGCCCAAGCAAUAUAACAACUCACAUUUACUUUCACUGGACUAUUUUAUAUGUAAUAAUGCGGUGCCGGCAGAUGAUUCUCUUAUCUUUCAGAUUUAUAAGAAAGCGGUUUUGGUUAAUGACUUGAGAUUGAUGAUAAGCUGUGUCGAUUGUCUAGAUAUAUCUAAGCGUUUGAAUGUGGUCAGUAAAUCUAUUGACGAGGAAAUAAAACAAAUUGAUUCUACAAUGAAAGUAUUUGAAGAUCCCCUAAGUUGGAGACAAUAUCCAAGAAAAACCAAAUCUUCGGAUUCAGGUUACAUACUAAAAAAAGACUAUAAAUAUGGAAUGCGAAGGAGUACACAACCAGACUCGUCUGAAUUUAGUACUUCAAAGAAUACACGGAAAGAUAAUAGCAGAAGCACCAUGAGUAACUUGUAUUCCCAAAAAGAAAAAGAUAAUGACACUAAAUUCAAUGAAGCUAAGAAGCACCCAUUCCUAAAACCAUCAGAGAAAAAACAUACGAGAAAGAGGCCAGUGACUUCACCGUUCUCAUUCUUUUCGAAGAAUAAAUGA